AUGGCAGAAACGACCGAUACUUCUUCUAUAUUGACUCUCGAAAAUUAUGAAGGAUUCCGAACGAACGCUUAUAUAACGUUAGAAGCUUAUGCUAAAAAACAAAAGUCUACACUUCCCCCUGGGGAGGUUGCUUUUCGGAGGACUGUUGAUCCCGCGUCUGCCCUCGCGCUUGAAAAAAUCUCUACUAGAAUAAAAAAUAAGUUGAAUCGUUUGUUAGUGAACGCUGACAUACCUGGUUCUGAAAUGAUCGGGAGAGUUAAUGACGUCAAGGAUUUUGAUAUUUGGUUUAAAGAUUUAGUUACAUUAAACGAUUCGUUGAUUGACGGUGUAAAUGCUUCAUUGGAUGAAUUAACUGGCCGUAACCAAAAAUUCGCGAGUUUUACUGCCGACGCAUCAACAUCGAUGGUAGCUCAAGUCAGAGCUAAAUCUGGGGAUUUCAAUAUUGUAUAUUCCCGUAACAUUACUCGUCCACAAGCAAAGUUUAAAGAUAAAGUUGACAAUUCUGGUGUUCCUUUUGUUCCUAAACUUCCAAAUAAACCGAACGCAACUGUGCCAUUAAAACUGGAUGGUAUUGAAGAGGGUUCUUCGUAUCCUCAUCCAUAUCUAUAUGAGAUAACUCAUCUUACAUACCCUUCCUUCAUUUUUGAAGAGAAAGAGCCAAUACUAUAUCAACAUCUUGAGACUACUCCUCUUACCUGGGUUGAUACAUUGGAAGGAUUAACUGCUAUGUGUCAGAAAUUAGAUACUUCUCAAGAAAUUGCUGUGGACCUUGAGCAUCAUGAUUAUCGUUCAUAUCAAGGUUUUACUUGUUUAAUACAGAUCAGCACGCGAUUUGAGGAUUUCAUUGUGGAUGCUUUGGAAUUGAGGCAUCAUUUGCAUAUGUUAAAUAAUUCUUUCACCAACCCUAAUAUCUUAAAGAAUUCUGUCACUACCACUUACAAUUUGUUAAAAGUUACACUUGACCGUUCAGCUGAAAUUUCACUUAAAUGUUAUGAAACUUACCGUUACGAUCAUAGUGGUGAUGGUCCGAAUGGUUAUCAAAAGUUAUUAGCAAAAUGGAGUCUUCCAUUGAAUAGACAACAGGUUCUUGCAGUAUUUAAAGUUCUUCAUGCUUGGAGAGAUUCUAAAGCCAGAGAAGAAGAUGAGAGUAUUGCGUAUAUGCCUGAAGAUUCCAAAGAUAUAACUGCAUUUUGUAGAAAUAUAGUUCCACCACUUGUUAGAGAAAAUACCCUAGAAUUGGUCAACUUGAUCACUGAAGCUAAAAAUAGUGUUCUAAAUUCAACAAGUAUAUUUGACAGUAAACCUAUGGAAAUUGAUCAUGAGAUAAAAACUGUGACGUCAAAUAUUAUUCCAAUUACCAAUUCUAAAAAUGUAAGAUGGGUUUUGGAUACAUCACUUCCUAAAUAUAAUGCUGAUAAUUAUAAAGAAAAAAAAUCGGUAUUAUUUGGUGAUUUGUUUAUUGAGAAAGUUUCUGAAAUUCUCUCAAAUCUCACAUUUGCUCCUCCUAUAUUACCUAAAUCCAUUUUAUAUGGAGUUAAUAAAAUCAAUUCACAAUCUGAACCAAAGAAUGAACCUCCUCAAUUAUUUAUACUUCCUGCGGAACACAUUUUUGUUCCUCCUGAGGCAAGAA